AUGAAGUUGAGUCUCUCGGCUCGGGCUAUUGCUUGGGCAAUUACCCUCUCUUCAACUCACGCCUUAUCUCCCCGCACAUCAAUCUCAGAUUCAUAUGAUUUUGUGAUUAUUGGUGGUGGCCAGGCUGGUCUCACUCUGGGAGGUCGCCUUGCUGAAGAUACCAACCAUACAGUUCUGGUGUUAGAAGCAGGUGGCAAUGGUGAUGAUUAUCGUGAAAGAAUAGAUACCCCCGCAUAUUCAUACUUUGAUUCUUUAUGGACAACUCCUUUAAAUUGGGGAUAUUAUACAGUGGAACAGACCUAUGCCGAUGAUCGAGAGAUCUAUUGGCCCCGUGGGAAAGUGCUCGGAGGAAGUUCCGCCAUCAAUGGCUUGUACCUGACUCGCCCGGGCGAAUUUGAAAUCAAUGCCUGGAAGGACCUGCUUGGUGACAUGGAUGGGGCGGUUAAUUGGGCCUGGGAUUCGUUCUACGCCGCCAUGAAGAAAGCCGAGAAUUUCACAGGUUCCAGCGAAGCAAUUGCAAGCGAGGCUGACAUCCACUGGAACACGUCCACACAUGGUCUGGAGGGUCCCAUCCAUGCCUCAUACCCCGGAUACACCUUCCCUCAGGUGGGCUACUGGUCAGAGUCGCUGGAGAAUAUCGGCAUCGCGAUCUCGGAGAAUAUGUAUGGUGGAGAGAACUAUGGCGCCGAACUCGCAACAUCAUGCAUCAAUCCUUUCAACUGGACGCGUUCUUAUAGCCGAACGGGCUACCUGGAUCCUCUUGCUGAUAAUGGAAACUAUGAUGUGUUGGCUAAUGCCUAUGUCACGCGCAUUGUUUUCGACAAUUCCACCUCGGCGGAUAACUUGACUGCCACUGCUGUUGAAUACACAACCGAUAACGGAACAACCACAUCGACGGUCAAAAUUGGAAAGGAGGUUAUACUAACAGCUGGUACUAUUGGAAGCCCUGCUAUCCUACUUUACAGUGGUGUUGGUCCUAAGGAUGUUCUCUCUGAGGCUGGAAUUGAUCUUGUGUCUGAGCUACCGGGUGUGGGUCAGCAUCUCCAGGAUCACUUCAGCGCUACCUUGACCUGGGAUACCGAUGUGGAAACUGCAGGAUCAAUCUAUUACGAUGAUGGAACUGACAAGAAUAAUACACUCUUCCUCUCAUACAUCGACUCAGCCGUCGCGUACGUCAACUCGACUGCGCUUUAUGGCACCAACGUCUCAUCCAUGGAGUCUACUAUCCUCGCAUCCAUUGAUUCAUAUGCCCCGAACACAACAUACGACUCCGUCAUCGCCGGCUACAAAGCCAUCUGCAACUCCACCGCCAAGAACAUCUUCAACAGCGCCACCGGUAUCAUUGAGCUUCUAUUCAUGAACAGUGAUUCCAACGGUGAUAUCGGCAUCACCGCCGCUCUCCAGCACCCAUACAGCCACGGCCGUAUCUACAUCAACUCCUCAAACCCUCUGGACUACCCGGUAAUCGACCCGAACUAUCUCUACAACCCACUCGAUUACGAAGUCCUUCUCAAAGGUCUCCGAGUGGCCCGCGACCUCGGCGAAACCGCACCAUUAAGCAACAACCUCACAACCGAGACCGCACCAGGCACAGAUGUCCAAGAUGACGAGGACUGGAUCUCCUGGAUCCGCAGCGAAGCAGGAACAGAGUACCAUCCCUCCUCAACCUGUGCAAUGUUACCCAAGGAUUUGGGCGGAGUCGUUGACGCGAAUCUACUUGUCUACGGUCUUGCGAAUGUGCGUGUUGCGGAUGCGAGCGUUCCGCCAAUUGCCUUGUCCACGCAUCUUAUGGCCUCGACGUACGGUGUUGCCGAAAUGGCGGCCAAUAUUAUUCGGGGUUUCUAUAAUGGUGUGCCCGUCUCGCAGUCCUCGGGAACUGGGCAUUCUGGCAGUAGCACGGUUACUGCUACUGGUAGUGUUAGCUCGGCGACGGGUUCGUCGUCGACUAAGGCGAAGAGUACUGUUGCGCCGAGUAAUGGAGCUGUUGGAAGGGGUUCUGGGGUUUGGGCGAUUUAUUUGUGUCUUUUGGUUUGCGUGCUUGGAGUUUUUGUGUAG